AUGCCUUUUAUUUAUGCUCGAGCACAACAAGUUAUUGUCUGGCUUGGCCUAGGCCUCGAACAUAUAUUGCGCGUCGAGAACAAUAUACGAUCGCAAAAAGAACCCAAACAUCAGCCAGCCAACUAUCUCACGACAUUACACAAACCUGGCGAAUUUGGAGCAUACACGGUUGCUGCGUUGUGUCAUCGCGAUUACUGGAAACGAUUGUGGAUUAUCCAAGAAAUUGGAAAAUCGGCACAUGGAGCACUGCGAAUUCAUUAUGAUGCCACAACCAUUCCAUGGGAUCUCUUCAUCGAAAUCCUUGGGGCUCAGAAAAUAAAGCACGAACCGAUCCCCUUGAAACUAGACGCACAACGCAAAGUUCGUUUUGUUGGAGGUCAUACGCUGGCCAACCUGCUAAUAAGCAAUGAGCAUGCUUUAUGCAAAGACCCUCACGACAAAAUAUGCAGGUUCAUUGGAUUGGCCGUCGAUGUUUAUGAUAGGUUUCCAAUGGACUACUGGAAGUCUCUGUUUGAGGUUUUCUACGACACGAUCCAAUUUAUGAAUAGUGACGCGAGCCGGAGCCAACACGAUAUCCUGGGAAUGAGUCGACUCGUUGGACGUAUGUUGGGAGGGCCAAUGGGAAUCGAACCGGACUGGUCUGCGCAAGAUUUCAAUGCUGGGAAUAUUGAUCUCAAACCUAGUCUUGGAACGAUCCGUGUUCCCGCGAGAAUCGUCGGAAGAAUCAGAGAGGUAGGACCAUUGCAUUCUGAUCUCGUUGCAAAGACCGAGAAAUUGAAUGCAUGGACCUCUCUGAUCUGGAGGAAUAUCUUGGAAACUCCACUAAGAUCAUCUGUUCUAGAGCAGAGCGAGCUUUUCCUGGAAGCGCUUCGCGUUUUUGACGAUAUAUCCCAAUGCACUAUUUUUGCCUUCGAUUCUACUAUCACCUGGGAAGAAACCAAACAGCACACCAUUGAAUCAUUCGACAGUCGGCAUGAUACAGAGGUCAUUCCAGCAUUUCACUAUCAGCCUGGCGCUCGUUUAGUUCUCCUACAACCAGAUUCCUCGAAUCUAGCUCCAAGCUGGGUAGGGCUGGCCCUUGGAGGCGUGUCCCGGCAACUAUGUCUGCUUGGUGUCAAACAUCGAAAGAGCUGUUAUAGUUCGUCAGACCGAAAUCGAUAA